AUGAGAUCUUUCUUUAACAGCAGGCGAUCGUGUAAUUUUAAAAGUAACCUCUUCACCAAUACCCAUCUCUGUCCCCUUUUCUUUCUUCACUUUCUCUCUCUGUCUUUCUCCCCAUCUUUCCCCUUUCUUUCCUCUCUCUCCUUUCUCUAUUGCAUCUCACUCUCCUCCUCUCUCUUAACUCAAUCUUCUAUCCUCUUUCUCUCCCGUCACUCAUCUCUGUCCACUUCUCUUCUGUCUUUCUUUUCUUCCUUCUCUCUCUCUAUUUUCUCACUCACCUCCCUCUAUAUCCGUCUCUUAUUUCUCUUCUUCCUUCCGCCACUCUCUCUCUCUCUCUCUCUCUCCAGUCUCUAUUCUCUUCUCUUCCGUCUCGCCUCUCUUUCUUCUCUCUUCCCUCUCCCUCUCCAGUUAUUAUUUUCUCCUCUUUUUUUCUCUCUCUCUCCUCUUUCCUCUCUUUCUACUCUCUCUUCUGUUUCUUUUCUCUCUUUCUUCCGUCUCUCCUCUCUCGGCGCCAUUUUUUCACUUCCCUCUUUCCCUUUUCCUCUCCCACUGACCCUCUAUCGUUCCCCUUACUUUUCUUUCUCUCUCUCUCUCUCUCUCGCUUUCUGA